UGUGUAUUUUACCUACAGUAUCUGAAGAUGGCUCUUCACAUCCCUGGUCUAGUUGCUGUGGUUGUGUUUUAUGCACUCAUUCUGAUCACUGGGAUUUGGGCAACAAAGAAAUCCAAGAAGGAGGAGAAGAAAUGUGUGGGAGAGCGGAGUGAAGUAUCCAUGUUGGGAGGGAGAAAUCUUGGAAUCUGGCUAGGAAUUUUCACCACGACUGCCACUUCGGUUGGAGGAGGAUACAUCCUUGGAACAGCAGAACUUGUGUACCUUCCAUCAAAAGGAUUCCUCUGGGCCACUGGGCCAAUUGGAUACACCAUCAGUCUGAUUCUUGGUGGAUUUUUCUUUGCUGGCCCAAUGAGAGUGAAGAAGUAUGUGACUGUUAUUGAUCCCUUUCAGAAGAAAUUUGGAAAUAUAGUAUCAAGUAUCUUAGUCCUUCCAUUGGUAAUGUCAGACAUAUUUUGGGCAGCUUGCAUUCUUGGAGCUUUAGGAGGGACAAUGAAAGUAAUUCUCGAUAUUAAAUCCCAGUAUUCCAUUCUGCUUUCAUCAAUUGUGGCUAUAUGUUACACCUUGCUUGGAGGACUUUACUCUGUGGUUUAUACAGACGUCAUUCAACUGAUCUUUAUUUUCUUCACCCUGUGGCUCUGCAUUCCAUAUAUUCUGAUUAACCCUGCAGUCACCAAUAUCUGGUACACAGCAACACAUGAAGUAUAUCAGGCACCAUGGAUUGGAUUCCUAGAGCUUGAGGAUGCUGGAAUAUGGCUGGAUGAAUUUUUUGUUACUUGUUUUGGUGGACUUUGCUGUCAACCUUUCUACCAACGAGUGCUGGCAUCAUCGAGUGUGAAACACGCCAAGAUAAUGUGCCUUGUCUCCGGGAUAUUUUGCUUGUCCUUGGGAAUCCCACCCAUGCUGAUUGGGGCAAUGGCAGCAUCAACAGAUUGGAACCAAACCAGUCAUGGUCUACCCACUCCAUUUCAUAAUGGGGACGGCAAAAACAUAUUGCCCUUGAUGCUGGAACACCUCUGUCCUACUUAUGUGUCCAUAAUUGGGAUUGGAGCCGUGGCUGCUGCUGUGAUGUCCUCAGUGGACUCUGCUCUUCUGUCUUCUAGUUCCAUGUUUGCAAACAACAUAUACAAAAAUAUAAUCAGAAAAAAGGCAUCAGAUCAAGAGGUCCUGUGGGCCAUUAGAGCUGCUAUUCUUGUUUUCGGUAUCAUUGCCAUGUCCCUGGCAAUGGCAUCCUCUUCAAUAUACGAGCUCUGGUUUCUAAGUCUGGAUCUGUUGUUUUCACUAGUUUUUGCCCAAUUGGUGUGUGUACUGUUUAUUCCAGUAUCAAAUGGAUAUGGGGCCAUAGCUGGACUCAUCAUGCAAUUGACAAUGAGAUUAGGAGGGGGAGAUUCUGCUCUGCACAUCCCUCCUUUUAUUUGCUAUCCAGGAUGUUUGAUAAAGCAUAACAGCUAUGUCCAGUCCUUUCCAUUCAAAACUUUGUCAGUUGCGGUUACCCUUUUGACCAUUGUAAUUGUGUCCUCACUCGCCUCACUCCUGUUCCGCCGAGGUCUGCUGCCAGUCAGAUGGGAUAUCUAUAAUCUACAAAUCAAUAGCAGAAAUAGAAACCAGGAGGAACCAGCAGAAGAGAUAUGUCUGGGAAAUUCAGAAACAGAGGGGAAAGAGAAUUAAGGUUAUUACCAGCAAAUGUUCUUUCAGUCAGGGAUGUAUAAAUAAAUGUUAAAGUAGAA